GCUCACGUAGCACUUUAUAGGGUGCGAUGCCUGGAAUAGCACGUCUCCUGCCGCUGACUCACAUCACAGGACUCUGCAGCUCCGCCGCCUCCCCACAUCCUUCAAGGCUCCGCUACAUACUGUUGUCUCUUGUCUGCAUCAUGCUGCCCUAGCUGCUCCUCAUGAUUUUUCCGUUGCACACGCGAAGGCUGGUAACCCAGGUGUAUUGUGGGUUAAAGUCCGGAUCACAUCACAAGUGUGUCAUUUUGGAUAUGGCACGUCCGAGCUCAAAUUUGGCUGAAUUUCGAGAAGCUUUCGCUAAGGCAAAACACAUAGCUGUAAUUACAGGAGCUGGUGUCAGUGCAGAGAGUGGGGUCCCCACUUUCAGGGGGGCUGGAGGAUACUGGAGGAAAUGGCAAGCACAGCACUUGGCGACACCUGAAGCUUUUUCCAGGAAUCCUUCUCGUGUAUGGGAAUUUUAUCACUACCGUCGAGAAGUGAUGCUGACAAAGAACCCAAACCCAGCACACUUGGCCAUCGCAGAAUGUGAAUCCCGGCUCAGCAAACAGGGGAGGAAAGUGGUGGUGAUAACGCAGAAUAUCGAUGAGCUGCAUCGCAAGGCGGGAACACGCAAUCUGUUUGAAAUUCAUGGUAGCUUGUUUAAGACACGAUGUACCACUUGCGGCAGUGUAAAAGAAAACUACAAGAGUCCGGUGUGCCCUGCUCUUGAAGGAAAGGGAGCCCCUGAUCCUGAGGUACAAGAUGCUGCUAUUCCAGUAGGGGAUCUACCACGGUGUGAAGAAAAUGGCUGCAAUGGCCUCUUACGGCCUAAUGUGGUAUGGUUUGGAGAGACUUUGGACACCAAUCUUCUAGGAGAGGUGGAAAAAGAGUUGGAAAUAUGCGACUUGUGCUUGGUGGUUGGAACUUCUUCCGUUGUCUAUCCUGCUGCCAUGUUUGCACCACAAGUGGCAGCACGAGGGGUACCUGUAGCGGAGUUUAAUAUGGAAAGCACCCCAGCAACUAUGGGCUUCACGUUUCACUUCCAAGGACCCUGUGGAACAACUUUGCCUCCAGCACUUGCUCGCCAUGAAACAGAGCUCAUCUCUUGAAUAUGAGUUACACAGCGGAGCGACUGUCAUUUGGUGUGUGAAGACAUGAGAAGAAACGUAUGUCCCGGAUAUCGUCCAGCACUCUGGACAACAUUAUACACCAAAAACGUAUCUCGCGAUUGAGCGUGCUAAUACUGUCCUAAAAACGUUAAUGAUGAGUAAUCCAGCGCGGGCUUUCUAUAUAGCACUGAUUGGAUGGAAGUGUUACACGCUGGAUCUUUGUUAAUAUUGUAUGUUACAAUGAUAUGCCUUUUUGUCUCUGCUGUAUUUAAAUUUGUUGUCCGGCCACUUAAAAUUUAAAGGGGUUCUGCAGCUUUUUCUUACUGAUGAUCUAGCCUCUGGAUAGGUCAUCAGUAUCUGAUCGGCGGGGGUCCGACACCCGGGACCCCCGACGAUCAGCUGUUUCAGAAGUCAGCAGGGCUGGCAGUAGCGCCACAGCCUUCUCGCUGUUUCCCGCAGGCCCAGUGACGUCACGACUAGUUUUACUGGCCUGGGCGGAGAUGAGCUCCAUUCAAGUGAACAGGCCAGUGAUACUAGCCGUGAGGUCACUGGGACUGCGGGAAACAGCGGGAAGGCUGCGGUUAUACUGCCAGCUCUGCUGCCUUCUCAAACAGCUGAUUGGCGGGGGUCCCGGGGGUUGGACCAGAUGCUAGGAUAGAUCAUCAGUCAGAAAAAGCUGCAGAACUCCUUUAAGGAAUGCUCACAAUGGUGUAAAGUGAUUACCGAUCCCUUGGUGAUUCUUUUCUGAUGCUUCCUGGUCCCCUACUGAUCUCUGUACUUUCUGGUCUGUCUUGAUACAGACAUGUGACUGAUGCAGCCAAUCACAGGCUGAAGUAGGUCACCAUUGACUGACUAAAGCAUUACAUGUCCACAUAAAGAAUGAGCAGGAAGUAAAGAGGCCAGUUGGUGACCUGGAAAGCGUUGAAACGGGUGCGUCAGGGGAUCAGUAAAUUUUCUUUUAAACCAUUCUGAGCUUUAUUUUUUAUAAAAUUUUAAAGGGUGUUUGUCACCUCCAAAAUCAGUUUGAGUAAGCAUGCUGCCUUGUAGGGUGGAUGCCCCAAAACAAAACUUUCUUGAGAAAAUCUGGCCCUCUAAUCCUAAGAAAUGCCUCUUUUUAUGCAAAUAAGGUGUCUGGUGCGCUGUGGGCGGGGCUACUCCAGUUGGUGCACCAUUACUCUGGCAGUAAUGCCACCUAGUGCCUCCCCUAUUCUUUCAUUGACAGUUUCUGAGAUUUCAGAGCCGGUAGUGAUGACGCAGGGGAAGCAUCGGUCCUGCCCAUGGUGCACCAAAAAAUCUUAAUUUAUAUACGGAUAAAAUGAAUACUAUUUUAGGAUUAGAGGACUGGAUUUUCACAAGAAAUGUAUGGUUUUGUUUCAGAGUGCCUGUCCUACAUGGUGGUAUACUUAUACUGUUAAACUGAUUUCGGAGGGGACAGACUCUCUUAAGUUGCCAAACAACCCCUUUACCCACCAUGUCACUUAAAUGUUACAAAGAAAAUGACAAGUAGCCAUUACAUUUUAAAUGUGAUUUGGGCGUCAUUGAGAAAGUGUGCUUUAUUUUAUUACUAUUACAGCUGGAAAGUGAUUUCUGAGGCUAAUAAACUUUAAAAUGACUGUAUAGCUCCAAAUUUGAGGCUUCUUUUGUUAGAUGAUGAUAAUGAUCUGGAUGCUGAUGAUAAUGAUCAACCAAGUUUUGAAUUCUUUGAAAUGUUACAACCCAAUAAAAUAGAAAAUACUCCUA